AUGGAAGCUCCAUCUACGAAUACCACCGACCAAAGCCCUUCUCUCACAGCAGAUAAUCCAACCAAAACAAAUCUUAAAAGAGUCCGGCGACGAAUCCAUCGUCAUCUUUCUCGCUUCCAUGCUCGAGUCCCCUAUCUUCGAAAACUCCCUUUGUCCGCCAUCCUAAUCAUCGCCCUUCUCAUCAUCGUCAAUCUCGUCGUCUGGGCAAUAUGCGGCCUCAUACUCGCCUCGCACACUCACCUCCUCUCCACCGCCGCGUUGGCGUAUACGUUGGGACUCCGGCACGCUCUUGACGCCGACCACAUAUCGGCCAUUGACUUGAUGACCCGCCGACUGAUCGCUACCGGACAAAGACCCGUCACGGUCGGAACAUUCUUCAGUCUCGGCCACAGCACCAUCGUCGUCGUGACUUCAAUCGUCGUCGCCGCCACGGCAGCAGGCAUAUCCAGCCGCUUUGACAGCUUCGGCACCGUCGGCGGUAUCAUUGGCACUUCGGUGUCGGCGGCUUUUCUGAUCUUGCUCGGGAUCAUGAACGCGUACAUCUUGUACAAACUGGUCGUGCAGAUCAAGAGAGUCAUCCGCCUCCAACCGGACCAGGAAGCCGCAGAGGCAUGGAAGAUCGAAGGCGGUGGAUGCUUAUUCAGAUUGUUGAAAAAGAUGUUCCAACUCAUCGACCGGCCGUGGAAAAUGUACCCGCUGGGUGUCUUGUUUGGCCUCGGCUUCGACACGAGCUCCGAAGUCGCGUUAUUAGGUAUCAGCAGUAUUCAAGGCGCCAAGGGGACGAGUAUUUGGCUUAUUCUCAUUUUCCCUAUCCUGUUCACCUCGGGUAUGUGCCUCGUUGACACGACGGACGGGGCGUUGAUGAUGAGCCUAUACGUUGCCCCCAUGUCUAUGGGCGACGACAGCAAGAAAAACCAAGAACAGCAGCAACAAAUUGAUCAAGACCUCCUGACAGCCACAAGUGAGCCACUGGUACUAGAAGACGUCGAAAGCCAACAACCACGGCCUCCUCCCAACCCUCCUCGCACCGCACGUGUCAAAGACCCCCUGACUUUCCUCUACUACAGCAUCGUCCUCACCACACUGACCGUGAUCUGCGCCAUCAUCAUUGGCGUCCUCCAACUUCUCUCUCUGAUCCUCAACGUCGCCGAACCUACCGGCAAAUUCUGGGACGGUGUCGAGACUGCCGGCGAGUACUACGAAGUCAUCGGCGGUGCUAUCUGCGGUAGUUUCGUCGUGUUUGGGGGAAUCAGUAUUCUGUGCUAUAAGCCCUGGCGUCGCUGGGUGGAUAGAGAGCGGGAGAGAAUGCGUGAUGAACGGGACGAGAGCGGACGGACGGACGGAGCUGAAGACCUUGUGGACGAUGACGACGAUGGAGAUGGCAGUAUUUAUGCUGGCCAUGGUAACGUCGAGGAGCUGGUCGAGGUCGAUGGCAAGCUUUCCGUGCAGAAAACUGGGGGAGAAGCUUUUGGUAGUGCUCGCAAUAGCCUGGGAAAUGCGAGGGCUACUGGAAUCCAGUCGGCGAGUUAG